UUGCAAGACAGAUGGUUACUCGCACACCACAUUCUCUUCUUUAAGUUGUUGGUGCUGAAGUUGAACUUGGUGGCUACCCACUUCUUAUUAUCACCAUAUUAUGUCGUCUUUAUUCAGUAGUUUGACAAAAGCUGGUGUUGGUUUGUUAGCUGCAAGCAGUAUACUCCCACUUGUUCUUUACAAUGUUGAUGGUGGACAUCGUGCCGUAAUAUUCGACCGAUUUAAAGGUGUUAGGCCUGAUGUAAGAGGGGAAGGGACACACUUUAUUAUUCCAUGGGUUCAGAAGCCUAUUAUUUUUGAUAUUCGGUCGCGACCAAGAAACGUGCCUGUAAUGACUGGUUCAAAAGAUCUACAAACAGUGAAUAUAACCUUGCGCAUAUUGUUUCGCCCUGAGCCAUCUACUCUACCAAAGAUUUAUCAGAACCUAGGUUUUGACUACGAGGAACGUGUUCUUCCUUCCAUUACCACUGAGGUGCUCAAAGCAGUGGUUGCUCAGUUUGAUGCAAGUGAGCUUAUAACGCAGAGAGAAUUGGUCAGUCAGAGAGUGAAUGAAGAUCUUACCCAACGAGCUUCAUCAUUUGGUAUAUUGUUAGACGAUAUUGCCCUGACACAAAUCUCUUUCGGUCGAGAAUUCUCAGAAGCAGUAGAAGCCAAACAAGUUGCUCAACAAGAAGCUGAACGUGCACGAUAUUUAGUAGAAAAGGCUGAACAACACAAACUGGCUGCCAUUAUAUCUGCCGAAGGAGACUCAGAAGCGGCAACAUUACUUUCCAAAUCUUUUGGAUCUUCAGGUGAAGGUCUUAUUGAAUUAAGGCGAAUCGAAGCUGCUGAAGAUAUUGCUUAUCAACUUUCGAAAAAUCGAAAUAUCACUUAUAUCCCUGAUGGUCAACAUACACUCCUUAACUUGCCUGCUGCACAAUAAAGUCUAUUUGUUUAUCGUGUUCUUUUUAUGUAAAUGUAUAAGAUACUUAAAUCACCUGAGUUGAGUAUUACCGAUUGUGCACGAUUCAAUUGUCUCAGAAUUUUAGCUUUUGUACCAUAAAUCUUUACCUAGUUAAUAUUCAUUUAUUCUCUUGUUUAUCUAUUUAAAGGCUACUAUCAGUGUGUGUGAUCGUUCAAAUUAUUUAAUUACUAUGUUUAAUGAAUAGACUAAAAACCCAGUGUUAUUAU